UCCCCAGCCGCCGGUAACGGAAGCUGUCGGGGACCGGGAGCUGGGUGCGCGGCCUGCCUGCCACCCGCCACCCGUCCCGCACACACUCCUCCCCGCGCCCCGGGCAGCAUGUGGGGAGCGAGCCCGGGGUGGGCGGCCGAUGCGGAAUUGCUUCAAAGAACAUCAGAAGAUUGUUUUCCAAAGAUGGAAACUUCAGUUGAAGAGAUGGAUACCUCUGAUACCCAGUGGGGCUGGUUUUAUUUGGCUGAGUGUGGCAAAUGGCAUAUGUUUCAGACUGAUUCAAACAGUCAUUGCUCUGUUAGCAGCGAAGAUAUUGAAAGGAGCUUUCAAACAAAUCCACAUGGUUCUGUUUCUUUUACUACUGCAAAAUUUAACUACACGCUGGACUUUUCAGUGAUGAAACAAAUCAACCUAACUACCCUUAAGCAGCGUCCCAUAAAGCGAGCUCCUUUUUCUAUCAGUGCUUUCAGUUUCAUCUGUGAAAAUGAGGCAAUCCCUAUGCCUUCACACUGGGAGAAUGUAAACACAGAGGAGCCAUACCAGCUUAUUCCAUUGCAAAAGAAAACAAAUGAAUAUAAUGAAGUUUCUAGUCUCUUUGGAAAAACAAUGGAUAGCCACCGAAUUAAAAGAAUUAAGAGAAUACAAAAUCUAGACUUGUGGGAGUUUUUUUGCAGGAAAAAAGCUCAGCUAAAGAAGAAAAGAGGUGUCCCAGCUAUUAAUGAGCAGAUGUUAUUUCAUGGCACCAGUAAUGAAUUUGUAGAAGCAAUAUGCAUUCAUAACUUUGACUGGAGGAUAAAUGGGAUGCAUGCUGCUGUAUAUGGAAAAGGGACCUAUUUUGCAAGAGAUGCAUCAUACUCCAGUCGUUUCUGCAAAGAGGAUAUGAAGCAUGGAGAUACUUUUCAAAUUCACGGUGUCAAUCCACAACCUCAUCUGCACAGACCAGAUAAAGUCAUGUUUCUUGCUCGUGUAUUAACUGGUGACUAUAUCAAUGGUGAUUCAAAAUACAUGAGGCCUCCUUCAAAAGAUGGAAGUUUUGUGAACUUGUAUGACAGCUGUGUGGAUAAUACCUGGAACCCAAAGAUCUUUGUUAUCUUUGAUGCCAACCAAAUCUACCCUGAAUACUUAAUAGAAUUUUCUUAAGUUUGAAAGGAGUCGAACUGGAUAUUGUUUGUGUCUUUUUUUUAUAUACCUUUGUUCCUUUUGUAAAGAUAACAAUACGAAAACAUGAAGCAUAAAUGGAGAGAGGUGGAAAGAAAGCUGGCAUUAUGGAGGAGGGAUGCUGUCAAACAUUUAAGAGACAUCGUCUAACUUUUUAAAAAUCUGUGGACUUUCACUAAUGCAUUUUUCAAAUGUAUAAACUGUUACAAAUUUGAAAUUGCUUAGUAAGCCUUAAAUACUUUGGGCAUUGGCAAGUUUUCAAAGGCAAGGUUUAUGUUCUAGUUUUUUAAAAUAUAUUACAAGUAUUUAUUAAUGUGGUAGAAAGAUACCUCUAAUAAAGUAUGCAUAUCAUUAAAUUAAUAUUUUAUAAAGAUUGUCUGUAGAACAUAAAAAUAACAAAGCCAACAAGAACCCAGGGGACUUGGCUGCACAUGUCUGUUCUGCAUUAUACAUUGCUUUGUGUCUCUUAGUCUGGAUUAUAAACUUGCAAAAAAAAAAACCAUCUGGAGAAAAAUG